AUGGUGCAACGCUUGUGCCUGCAGCUCCGGGAGGUGUUUGAGGACGUGGCGGUGUAUUUCACACGGGAGGAGUGGGAGCUGCUGGACGAUGACGACAAGGUGCUUUACCAGGAGCAGAUGGUGAAGAAUUACCAAGCCCUCGUUUCCCUGGGCUAUCGAGGUCCCACACCUGACUUAAUCUGCAGCAUCCAGCAAGGACGGGUGGAUCUUUGGACCUGUGCUGAUGAGGACUGUGGGGAAAUGUCAAGAUGGGAGGACCUGGUGCCAGGAGGUGCCUGGCUGCUGAGCAGAGCUGAGGAGCAGCCUCCUGUGGAAGAGUCUGCAGACAUGGAGCCAGCGCAGACUUCCCCAGGGAGUUUGGGUGAGAUGGACUCCCUGAGACCUGAGAAGAAGCGAUGCUACGAGAGUCAGGGGAGGCCCCAAAAGCAGAAGCAGAAGCAGAAGGUAGCCAUGAGCCAGGACCGGUGCAUCCCCCGAGGGAGGAUCACUCACCACUGCGCUGAGUGCUGGAAGAAUUUCAUCUGCUUGCAAGACCUGUCCCAGCAUGAGUGUGUGCGGAAGCAGUGCACCAAGUGUAGGAAGAGAUUCAGGCAGCUGUCCAACUUGGCGAGGCACUGGUGCAUGCACACAAAGGAUAAGCCACAUCAGUGCUCAGAGUGUGGGAAGACCUUCACUCACUCCUCCAGGCUGGCUCAGCAGCAGCGUAUCCACACAGGGAAGAAGCCAUAUCAGUGCUCAGAGUGUGGGAAGAGCUUCACUCAGGCCUCCACCCUGGCUCUGCACCAGCGUAUCCACACAGGGGAGAAGCCACAUCAGUGUUUGGAGUGUGGGAAGGGCUUCUCUCAGGCCACGACCCUGGCUCUGCACCAGCGUAUCCACACAGGGGAGAAGCCACAUCAGUGUUUGGAGUGUGGGAAGGGCUUCUCUCAGGCCACGACCCUGGCUCUGCACCAGCGUAUCCACACAGGGGAGAAGCCACAUCAGUGUUUGGAGUGUGGGAAGGGCUUCUCUCAGGCCACGACCCUGGCUCUGCACCAGCGUAUCCACACAGGGGAGAAGCCACAUCAGUGUUUGGAGUGUGGGAAGGGCUUCUCUCAGGCCACGACCCUGGCUCUGCACCAGCGUAUCCACACAGGGGAGAAGCCACAUCAGUGCUCACAAUGUGGGAAGAGCUUCAAUUACUCCUCCAACCUGGCUCGUCACCAGCGUAUCCACAAAAGGGAGAAUCCCCAUCAGUGUUUGGAGUGUGGGAAGAGCUUCACUCUCUCCUCCAUCUGGUCUAGCACCAGUGUAUCCACAGAAGGGUGAAGCCAACCUCGUCAGAGCUGAGGACCACCGGUUGCCAGCUGCCUCUCCUGCCCUCCUUCCCUCCAUGCCAUUCUCUAUAGCAUCUUCCUUGGUAAUCAAGCCGAACAUUUUAAUCGAUCCCCCUGUGGUGGAUCUCUACAUGCUCUCAAGACCUAUGCAGUGCGAUAGUAGAGGGAAAGGAGGUGCAGGCUGUGACAUGUCCUGCCUCUUGUGUGGAAGGGUGGGGAAAGAAUGAAGGCAUCCUCUGGGUGAAAUGCUGUGUGUUGUAAUCUCCCUUUGGGAAUACUGAGGCUUCCCUCCUUGUGUUGAAAAGCCAUUUGACUCCAUGCGUAUCCUGUAGGAGCUCUUCCACAAAGCUCAUUACCCAUCCUGCAGAAAAGGCCCUGGUGGUUAAAGUGGGCAGUAAGCUGACUAUGAGCCAGCAGUGUACUCUUGUUGCCAAGAAGGCUAAUGGCAUACCCCAGUAUGGACAUUUAUAGGAGUGUUGCUAGUAGCUCAAGGGAAGUGAUUCUUCCCCUCUAUUCGGCAGUGGAGUGGGCACAUGUAGAGUUGUGUGUCCAGUUGUGGGCCCCCACUACAGAAAGCAUGUGGAUGCAGUGAAGAGUCCAGCAGAGGGCAGAAAAAGUGGUGAGAGAGCUUGAGAACAUAACUUAUGAGGAGAGGCUACUAGGAGGAAUGCCAUACUGGAUCUGGUAUUGGCAACAGGAGAUGACAUGGUAGGGGACCUACAGAUCGGUAGCCAUCUGGGGGACAGUGAUCACC